AUGUGGACAGCUGCAGCACUGCAGCACUUUUCUAAGACAUGGCUGAAGGUCAGUGGUGAAAGACAUCUUCACAGAUCGCUUGUAAUGCUGCUGGCCAUGUGGAGCCUGCUCCUGUGGCAGGACGUGGCUGCCCAAUCUAACUCUACCAAUGAGACUGGCUACCAAAUAUCCCUCCUGGAUCUGUUGGAUCGUGCAAUCACCCUGUCUCACUACAUCCACACCCUCUCUUCAGAUCUCUACCAGGAAGUUGAAACUCUUCACUCUCAGGACAUAGACUUCUUUGCUGUGUAUACAACACAGUGUCACACAGCCUCCAUCUCCACACCAGCGAAUAAGGAACAGGCCCUGAAGAUCCAGCCAAAGGAUUUUAUAAUCCUGGUGAUCCGCUUGCUGCACUCUUGGGAGGAACCCCUGAGCCACCUCAUGAUCGAAUCAGUUCGCCUGCCACGUGUCACCCUCAGUUUCAUUGAGAAAGCUCACUCUGUACAGGAGUACAUACAGCUUCUUCUAGAAGGCUUGAAGCAGAUCACCAGACGGAGGAAGUUCAGCAGAUCCAGUCUAGAAUUAUCUCAGAUUUGUUCAUACCAGUUCUGCACAUCACCUGACAUUUUUACGGACACAAAGGUUGCUCCUCAAAUCAGAAACUAUGGGAACUCUCCUGUCUGGACCCAACUUCCCUCUCUGCAGUCAUCUGAUGGAAAAGAGAGCCUGAAUACUUUUCAUCACCUGUGCCGCUGCCUGCGCAGGGACACGCAUAAGGCUGAGACUUUCCUAAGGGUCCUGAAGAGCCAAGUUGCCAGGCACAGCAACUACUAA